AUGACCGUCUUCAACACAAUUAAUUUAGGAAUUACUACCUCCGUCGCCUUCUCUCGACAGUUUCACCACAAGCAGCAGCAGCAGCAGCAGCAGCAGCAGCAGCAGCAGCAGCAGGAAAGCGGCGGCACAUCUUCCCUUGAGGGCAACACACUUCUCCUCCAAUUAACUAAUGGCAGUAGUGGGAAUCCUAAUUUGGUCGAGGCAUGGUGGCUUUGGCUCAUGCGGGGGAGGCUAAGGCAGCACGGGGAGAGGCAAGCAUCUAUCAAGUACACUGAGACACAAAAGACUCCUUAUCGCAAGCCGGUGCCCAGCGAAGGACAUGACCCGCUGCAGCAGGUCUUUAACAAGCCACCAUCCUACAUAUCUAAUGCCAGGCCUAUGUCAAAAGGUGUGGUGCAUGAGGAGUCGGCGGGAGGGGCCAGUACUGGGGGACAGGGGCGACGCAACGCGGGAAAGCAGCCCCUGCGUCACACCUCCCCACGGCAGCCCUUGAGGGUAGGUCAUGGCGGGCAGGUAUUCCCCUCUGGCCCUGAAGGCAGCCUGGCACGAAGUGUGGAGGGGAAGACUCGCCGCACACACGCCACACCUGAGGGCGGCGUGGGAGCGUGCACAGGUAAUGACCUCAAGGUGACGCACAGGUGA